UCCAUAUGUAGAUACGAACUUAUGUAUAUAUAGUUCUAUUUCUGAUAAAUCAGUUGAAGUUAAUUCAAAGAAAUUGCUCGAUCAAUCUCGAGCUUAUAAAUAAAAACACAUAAAUUCUCUUUCUUUUGGUAUUUUUGAUCUCUAUAUAUAUGCGUGCAUAUAGUGUAGGAUCGAACUGAAACCCUAAUUUAUUGAUUUUAGGAAGAAAUCGAUCAUUUGCAUCUGAUCGAGAAAGAAAGAGAGAGAGAGAAUCAAUGGCAGAUCAAGAGGAGGACGAUAUGCAGAUGGCGUUGAAGAUGAGUAUGCAGCACGAGCCACCGGAGCCGAAGAGGAGCAAACCGAGGGACAACGCUGCCGGACCUCAGGCGGAGGAGUCGCCGGAGGUGAAGAACCGGAGGUUGCAGCGGGAAUUGAUGGCUGCGGCAGCGGAGAAGCGGAUGAUGGCGGCGAAGAACGCUGCCACCGCGGUAGUCUCGGUUUCAAAGGUUGGGAAGAGUGUAAAGGAAGAAGAGGGUGGGAGUGCUUCUGGGGCGGAAUGUAAAAAGAAAGAAGUGAAUUUGGGGAAGGAGCUUUCACCGGCGGAGGCAAAUGAGUUGUUUUCCAUGGUUUUCGGUGGUGAAGUUACAAAGGACGUACUUGCCCAAUGGAGCAAUCAGGGAAUUAGGUUUAGUCCUGAUCCAGAAACAUCUAUGGGCUUGGUGCAGCAUGAAGGUGGACCAUGUGGGGUGCUAGCAGCCAUACAAGCAUUCGUUCUCAAAUACCUUCUCUUCUUUCCUGAGGAACUAAGUAAAGUUGCAUCAAACAUGCCAAUGGGUUCAAGAGUGUCUGAAAGUAGAUUUGUUGCUUUGGAUAUUUUUGCUUCUCUUGUUGAAGACAAAAAAUUAAGAGCCUUGGUGAAAAGUAUGGGUGAAAUAUUGUUUCUGUGUGGGAGUAAUAAAAGGGCUGUAAUUGCAUCUCUGAGUAUUCUAGACUGUGACAUCGAGGGCUCUGGAGACAGUUCAAAGGAUGAGAUCACUGCAAAAGCACUUGAAGGUCUUUCAAUUGAAUCAGGUUGUGAUUUGCAGAAAAUUUUAAGAGUUAAUACAUACACCUCACAGGCAAGCGCCUUUCAUAGGCUCAAAGCAAUGAUUCCUGUUUUCCAAAGCCGCAUGGGGGCAAUGCUCUUUCUAAUAUCAGCUUUGCUUUCUCGGGGACUGGUAAAGUUGCAAAACAAAACGGACUCUGUUCAAGCUGACAGGGAUGACCCCAGUCAACCUUUAGUCACUGCUCCAUUUGGGCAUGCCUCGCAGGAAAUUGUAAACCUACUGCUUUGUGGGCAGGCUGUUGCUAACGUGUUUGAUGGGAGUAUGGACUUAGGUGGUGGCAUGUUUGUGAAGGGCAUUUCGACAACUGUAGAAGUUGGAUUCCUCACUCUGUUGGAGUCCCUCAUCUUCUGUAAGGUUGGCCAGUUUCUGAAAUGCCCGAAGUGGCCCAUAUGGGUUGUUGGAAGUGAGUCUCAUUAUACAGUCCUGUUUGCACUUAAUACCAAAGUUCAAGAGGAAAAUGAACUUGAAGGAAGAGAAACACAGAUCCGGAGAGCUUUUGAUGCACAAGAUCAAAGUGGAGGAGGUGGAUUCAUUAGUGUGGAGGGCUUCAAUCAAGUCCUGAGGGAAACAAAUAUUAACCUUCCAGCUGAGAAGCUUGACCACCUUUGCAAUUCAGGCUUUAUUGUAUGGAGCGAGUUCUGGCAGGUUCUUUUGGAUUUAGACAAGAGUUCAGGAGGGUUAAAAGAUUCCACUGGAUUAAUGGGAAAGAAGUUCUUUGAUCUUUACCACUUCAAUGGGAUUGCAAAGUCAGUUUUGAAUGGCAGCCAGGCAACCUCUGGGGGUGAAACUCCAAUACAAAGACCUAGACUUACAACACUGAGGGUUUCAGUUCCCCCAAGGUGGACUCCUGAGGAAUUCAUGGCAGCAGUGCCCUCUGGUUCAGGUGGUAAUGACACUGCCGGGAAAGAUGCUGUUGUUGAAGUGUCUAAACCCGAGCCUCCUCAGCAUGCACCUUUGGUUGACUGCAUUAGAACGCGCUGGCCCCGUGCUCUUUGCAACUGGGAAGGGGAUGCACCUAGUAUAGUCUGAUCAUUUGCUAUUCAAUAACUCGAGUGCCUCAUUGUUGGAAAUAUAGAGAGAACAAAAUCCAGAGUGACGGAACAUGAUGCGGGCAGCAUUUGGCCAACUUCAGUUGAGGUUAUAACUUUCAGGGCAAAAACACAAUGUUAUUUGCUGCUUAUUCAGUCUGAGAUUCAUGCAACACCGUUUUGAACUGUGUAAUAUUGUAACUUCAACACUAUAGUUCGAUUAAAGUUUGUCAUUUCUGAGGUGGAGGGAAAGGAGACCGGUAAUUGUCAUCAUUCCCACAUUUAUUUGCUGCUUUCGAUUAGGAAUUUUUUUUUUCUAGUCAUGAGUAGGUCAAUAAGCAUCAGUCUGGUCUUGUUUUGUUGUUGUAACUGCAGAGGUCUUCCACCUAGUCUCUGGCUUUGAUUAGGCAAGUUUGUUCUAGGUUUUUCGAAGGUCUUGAAUAAGACAUCAAAUGUGUUCUUACAGUUAUAAUUGUUUUUUUAAUGCUGUCGUUCUGAUAACUUCCAUUAUGUAACUUCCUCACUAAAGAAAU